GUUGCUAUAGCUGUAAUUGUAAUAGUAGGAUACAUCAACACGUGUUGUCAAAACUGGAAAAGGGAUGAGUCACUCAAAGUUUGUUAUCCGUUUCCAACCACAUAUCAAAUACCUACCGAGGUCUUUCAAUACUAUUUAACCCUUUGAUCCCUCUCUCGAAUCCAUCUCCACGAUACCACCAAACCCCAAACCGCCAUCUCAAACCGCCAUCAAGCAGCAUAUCCCCCCUCCCACGACCAGUCAUAUUAUCAGUACUACCAAACACGAGUAACUACCAGCCUUCACAGUACUCCUGCCACAAUGUUGAGCCUCAGCAUCAUCCUCGCCCUCUUCUCCAUGUUUAUGAUAGCUGAUUACGUCGUGAGGUCAACAUCGUCUAACAGGGAAAAUCCAACUGGCUUGGGUAUAGGGUGGUUCGCCGUUGUAGUAUGUGUCGCUUUCAUCGCAUACAUGUUCGGCCGCUGGAUCGACAGCGACAAGAGGGACAAUCAGAAAAUCAUUCCGCACAAAUAGUCGGUCUUGUUGAUUUCGAGGCCUCUGAGGUGAAAGCAUUAUAUUCACUCGGAACAGAUGGGUGUAUUUCGGCGCGGAUAUGAUUUACUAGAGCCACUUUUCUCUUCGCUGGCGGCUUAAGGUGUAUCGUUACUCAAGCGGCUGGGUUGUGCUCCUGAACGAAGCUGUGGAUAUGGGUCCAUUACAGUCAACAACAAAAACCCCUAACCCCUAACCGAGGUGGCAACGCAUCCCUAUCUAAUAGACUAUUCACUUAGAGCGAUCCGUGGUUAAUAGAAUGCGAAUGAAUUCAUACACCCUACUAAUUUGUCACGGCUUUAAUGUGAAAUACUUUGUGGUACGUCUAAUAAGUGAUGAUAGAUGAGUUGUCACAUGACCGGGGUUAUAUUGAUAAAGCCGGGAUACAGCUGGAAUUGAUUAUAUUUAGGUUCUCGAACUUCCU